UGAAUGCCAUCGCACUUACUCCGUACACCACCCAUAUUCCCAUGUCACAAACGUGGGGUUCCCCUUCCCAAGACGGGCAAAGCCCAAGGCGAAAGCGGAGCUUGCUUUGCUUGGAAGGGGUUUAGGUGCCAUGGCGUUGUUGGUCCUUCGGGUGUGUGCGGUGAAGGUACAGUACAGUAGCGCCGGGCCUGCGGUAGCCUGCGGUAUUGGCGGUCCUCCGCGGUCUGGAGCCAACUGGACCCUCUUUCUCAGAACGCCAUCUGGGACGGAAUGGCGUCCAAACAGGCCACACCGACGACAGUGCGCCGGGAGGAGGGGGGCUAACGGUGACCAGAGACCAGAGGUUUCGAGUCAGAAGUUGAAGGAGGUCCGUUUCAGCGAUUUUCGAAGAUCAACAUGGUACUGUUUGCACUCAUUCAAUGAUUGUGACUGUUGGGCUCUCAGUAAGGCAUGUACUCGCCCAGUGGCUGCGAGACAGGUGGUUGGUUAUCAGCCGGUCUGCCCAAUUACUCCGAUGGUACCCGUGGACCCUGACGUGGUACCUGGCGGGCUUGCACUACCUUGGCUGCCCGAACUCUCGUAGAAAGCGAGAAACAGGAUUAUGCUUGAUAGGCUUAAAUGUACGCCGUAAAUCAGGACAUUGUGUGGAUCACGGUGGCGGACGGCUUUUGACUUGAAUAGUGUCCUUGUGACGCUAUUGAACUAUGGAACUGGUGGGAAAUCAAUGAAAAGGGAAACCCGCGGUAAUGGCGGCAUAGUACACGAUCGAGGAGGGUAUGUGCUUGCAAUCCCGUGGAACGCCCCAAUCCAAAAGAAAAGCAGACGGCAACAAACAGAUAAGAAAUGUACUUUGAGUCAAUGAAACCCGU